UCAGCAUGGGACCAUACAGCGGCGAUUAUGAUAGAAACAGAGGUGGAAAAAACAGCUUAAUUUCUGCAAGCAAUCUUCUUCUCAUAAUAUUUACCAGCACAGUUGCAUUUUGUAUCGUUUAUCUGUCACCUGAUUUACAUUUUGGUACUACUUCGCUUGUGUAUAAACCUCUCUGGACCAUAAAGACUUUAUCGUUCACGUGGGCUGGAUUUCAGUUUGUGUUGUUUACCCUGGUCAAGUUGCGAAGCCCCGGUAAGGGUAAUGACAUCAGCAAUGCCUGCGGUUUGAUUCACAAGGCUAGAAAGUCCCUUUUGAUGGAGUUGAGGAAUCUAAUUCUGUUAUUUCUUCUUUAUGCUGCCAGUUGUAUUGCGUUCCAUGUCAUUUCAAUUUUGUUUGGUGCUUACAUAUUUGAAAAUUUUGAAGAAACUUUUCUAUUCUCGGUGCUAGUUUCAACCCUGGUUUCAUUACCUUGUUUAUUGGUGAAUGAACUUGACUAUGAAGCCUGGAAUCGGUUCAUUUCAGGAUGUUGUUUGCCUGGAGUUGAAAGCUAUGUUAUGACUGUAGCAUGUUGCAGUUUAUUAGGAGCAUGGGUAGGAGCCGUACCAAUACCACUUGACUGGGAUAGGCCAUGGCAGGUAUGGCCUAUAUCUUGCUCAAUUGGGGUGGUGAUUGGACAUGGAACAGGGCUCCUUCUCUGUACCGCCCACGCUGGCUUCAAUGUUCUUCAACAAUUUAGACGAGGAAAGUCAAAACUGUUCUAGGAUUCUAAGAAAAUCAUAAUAUUUGUAACUUUAUGUGUGGAGUUGUACUUACCCAAUGGCAAUGAUCGUCAGUAGGCUGGUUUGCGCCGUCCGUUGUUGUUUGCGUCGUCAGCUGGUUUGUUUGCAUCACCGUUUGGUGGGGUUGUGUAGUCAGCUGGUUUGUUUGCGUCAUCAUUUGGUGGGGUUGUGUCUAAAGUCGGCUGGUUUGCGUUAUCUGGUUGGUUGUUUGCGUCGUCCAUUUGUUUGUUUGUGUCUUCAGCUGGUUUGAAUCACUAUCUUCUGUAAUUGAAAUAGAACUGUCAUAAAUUGACUUAAAUAUACAGUACAAUAAGUAAUAUAUUAAAAUAAGACAAAACGUUUUUUCUCUGUAUUACAAGCAGAAAGAGCAAAAAUUGAAGAAUACACAGAUGCAUUUAUCACAGAUAUAUUAAACAGUGCGUGGAUACCACUUUAAAUGUGAUUUGUGCGAUGCAAGUUAUGUCUGUUAUACAAGUCGACAACUUUACCAAUUCAUUACAGUGUUGAACAAAGGCUAGUCGGUAGUAAUACGGCUGGGAAGGGUGUGUGAAUCUGAGGCCAUCCACAAUGGCAACGCUGCCUAGGAAGCCAAGGCUAAAUAAAACUGUUAUUACUAAUGAUAACCUCAAUGAUUACUUUAUACCUGACUAACUAUAAUUUAUAUGCUUUACCUAGGGGCCUAAGUAUCUAUAGUAUAAAGUUAGGACUAGGCCUACCUUGCUAAUGGCUAAACAGACCGUGUGAGGUCACUUUGCUGUUGCUUUUGCUUUGACAUGCUGGUUUGUAAAAUCCGUAAAAUCGUUAGGCAAGUCAACGUCGGAAUAUAGCUUUGUGUUUGUCGUUAAUAUAAAGUAAUUUUAAUUUUUAAAUUUAGCAAAAAUGAUUGUCGUAUUUCUAAAAGCAAAGGACUGUGAAAAGUAAUCAAAACUUUGUGUUUAUAAAGACAAAUAGUACCUUUUGUUAUGUCUUCUGCUGUUUGAUCUUCUAUUCCCAUGUGCAGGCGGUAUGCUUCUAUUCCCAUGUGCAGGCGGUAUGCGUUCACAAUUUCAAUUAGUUGUAACUUUAAUGUGCCCUUGUCUAAAAACAUACCGUAAUACAUUUUUUAAAGAAUCAUUAAGGAUUUGCAAGGUUGCUACUAAUAUUAUUUAACAGUAUAUAAUACUGUACUAACGUCAUUGUUAAUAUUUACUAUACUUAUUGUAUUACUAUAUUCCUACCAAACAAACGAUGUGAAAGCAUAUAACUAAUAGUUUUUAAAAACAACACAACAGUUUUGAAUGCUUCAGGCAAAGCCUAAAUUUAUUUACCUAAGAUCCCAAAAACUUGUUUUGGUAUUUUUCUCAAUACCAGUUGGUUGUAAUGUAAUUAUUUUUGUUGUUAUUAUUCUUCUUAAAGAAAAGAAGCUCUGAGGAAUUUAAUGUUUUUCUGUUUAAAAUACUGUCUACUGAUGGGUGAUGGUCAAAUUACAGAUAAAUCUCCAGAAGCAAGCUAUUAACUAUAACAAACUUAUGGCAUAUCUGUUAAACAUUAUUUGUGCUGAAUAUUGGAUGGUAUUUUAAUAAAAUGCAACUAGAUGAGCCUUCAAGUGGAGGUCUGUCAGCCACCAUCCCACCUCUAGCACUUUAAUUCUACUUUAAAAAAUGUAAUUUAACAUAUUCUGUGGUUUUGGUGCUAUUCCUAAAUAACUCAACUACAACUUACUGGUAAAUCAUUUCACUUGCCCUCCUGAAACAACUGUAAUUGCAAGACAUUGUUGUUUAUGUACAAAAAUUUAUUAUCCUCAUUAUUUUUUUUUAUAUUUCAGAAACAUAAUCAAAUCAUACAGUAUGCCACUAUGCGAUCAUGUCUUAUCACUAGUAGGAAAUAUCAAUAAUAUUUCAACUGGUUAACUACCUCCUUGAAGUUUAUCAAAAGCAAAAUGAUUUUAUGAUGUUUGUACCUUUAUCGUUCGUAUUUGGUGAUGCGAAAGCACAUCAUUUGGCCACCAUUCUGGCUUCUUUGCUGUUUUCCAAAACGGCUUUCCCAUAUGAAUUCCUGCAAGACAAAAUGACAUUUUAGUAAUGUUGCACAGUAUAAAAUAGGAGAAAACCAUGUUUUGUGUUUACUCAUUUUUGAAUAGCCUACAAAAAUGAGCAAAAAACAGUUGUCCGAUGUUGUCCAAGUAUAAACUACUGGCUGAGCUAAAUGUUGCUCUUUAAUAAAGCGAGUUACAUAUCCUAAUUUACUGAUAAAAUAAAUUCAUAAUACCGGUAUAUGAAUACUAGCUGUACAUACCUUCUUUUCGAACCGCUCUGACAAUAGUUCCCCUUAAUCUUGGAACCAUUAGUCUUUCUGGGUUGAUUACAACUCAUCUAUUGACAUCGCUAUAUCUCCACUUACAUGAGCUUCCUGAAUGGAGGCAUCUUCGGGACCUGAGAAUGAAAAAUUGUUAUUUUGAAUUAAUUAAAAAAAAAAAAUGACUAGCAAUUAUUCUGUACCCACACGCUUACAAAAGUCAUGUCCUGUGCAGCGGGUAAACCAGUAAAUCAUCUGUCUUCACCAUGGGUUGUGUAGAAGACUGGUUACAGCACCAGGUGGAGCAAGCGAGUCAAUUUUAAAAAUAUGAAACAUGACUUCGCAAACAUUUUACCUUUAAUUAUUAUCGUUCCCUUUAAAGCUUCUCCUAACGCCCGUUCAAAUAGGUGGCUGUCUUCCCUAACUUUUCAAUUGCAAUUGGGGAUUCAAAUCAAACAAAUCAAAUUAUGACACAAAAUAUAUAUAAAGGCCUAUUUUUUAAGCUUCCUUUCUUUUUAAGGCAAAACACUCAGACAUAGUCUAGGCUUUUACAGUAGUGACAACUAGGACCAGAGUGCUUGCCUCCUGACCCCUGUGAAAACUUAGCUCCUGAUUUAUAAUCUAAUGGCUUGGAGUUGACAAGUAUAAUAGUUGUAGAUAGAACCCUAACCUAAUUUAACAUCCCCACCAGACCCUGGCUUGGAUUUCGAUGCAAAUGACAGUUUAUGUGUUAAUGCAUAAUCAUCAGCCGCUCUAGCAGCCUCUUCUAAUGAGUUUAUCCUACGUUCAUUUAAACUCUUCAACGAACAUUAACUGCUUUAGCGUAACAAAGGUUUGUGCAUCUUCAAAACCACACCAUCAAUUAAAUAAUUUCUCUUUUUUCCUGGCAAACUGUACAUGAGUCUGUCCCAUAUUUAUUCGGAGGUUGCGAAAUUUUUGACGAUAUGCCUCAGGAACGAGUUUGUAGGCAUUAAGGAUGGAUUUUUCUCCUAAUCUAUAGUCAGCAAUUUGGCUAACGGAAAAGGCAGAGUAAACGUCCCUUGCCUUCCCAAUUAAUACACUCUGCAAAAGGAGUGUCAGUUUAUCUUCUGGCCAGGCCAAUUCAUACUUUUUCAAAAUGAAGGAAAAAUUUAUCAACAUCAUCCUCCUUAAAAGGAGGUACAAGGCGGAGAUUUUUGUUAACAUCAAAUUUAGGAGUAUGUACCUCUGUUUUAGCCUGAGAUUUUAGCUGUAAUUCCUUAAGCUUAAAUUCAUUAUGAAUUUGAUGAAUUUACUAACUUUAAGAUGAAUUUGGGAAUGACAUUAUCUUCUUAAGGAUGAAGUUGUAGAUGACAUCAUCACACAACUCAGAUUCAACAGCCCUUAACCUUAUUUAGAAUAUUACCCAACAGGUGAUUUAGACAACAAAAUUUAUGGAUUUUUCUACUAAUCUAUAGUCAGCAAUUUGGCUAACAGAAAUGGCAGAGUAAACGUCCCUUGCCUUCCCAAUUAAUACGCUCUGCAAAAGGAGUGUCAGUUUAUCUUCUGGCCAAUUCAUACUUUUUCAAAAUGAAGGAAAAAUUUUCAACAUCAUCCUCCUUAAAAGGAGGUACAAGGCGGAGAUUUUUGUUAACAUCAAAUUUAGGAGUAUGUACCUCUGUUUUAGCCUGAGAUUUUAGCUGUAAUUACUUAAGCUUAAAUUCAUUAUGAAUCUUUUCUUUUUCUAGCUCUAAAUAAUUUUUUCGUUAUUCCUUCUCCAGCUGUAGUUCCAUUUUAAAUUUUAAUUCCAAUUCUUUAAGUUGCCAAUCGCUAGCACUAACUGGUGCAAUAAGUCCUAGAGCAUUUUCUUCAAAAAUAUCCUCAUCAUCUAAGUGCUCGACAAUAGUGGCCCGAAUUUCUUGCUUCCGCAUGGCAGAAGUAGUUGGAAGCUCAAAGUGUUUUGGUAUAUCUAAAACAUCCAAGGAUGGUGAAGCAACAACAAAGGCCUUAGUGUUCCUAUGUUGUUAAUUAAAAAUUACAAAUCACAAAAUACAAAUAUAAAAUUCAAGUUGUGAUCGUUCAACUUCAAUUCCUGGACGAGUCCCCAAUUUCUGUUACAUGCAGAGCACAAACAGAGAAUAGCAAACGCA